AUAUGGGUGGGUGAUCAAGGGGUGGUUGUUGCCGCUGCACCAAGUCCAUAAGGCCUAGGGGCUUGGAGCAUCUUUUAGCGGGCCUGCAGUAAUCCUGGCGGAGGCCUUUAUGAGACUAGGCUGGAAGAAAUCUGCUGAGUACACCGUGGCAAAUGAAUGAGGGCAAGCAAGCGAGGGCGAGGCGUUGCAGUGUGACUGUGGUUGCGUGCAAUUCUUUUUUGGAGGUAGCGGCUUCUGUACUAAAACCUGUGCAUGAAUUCUUCUUCUGACUGGCUUGACAAAUGAUGACGCAUGACGACAUGUGUUUGAUUGCCAAAAAACUUAAUAUCGCAAGUGGAAACAUAGUAAGUGAUUGGAUAGGCUCAUCACAGGAUUGCUUUUAUUAUCUUUACUACAAGGUGGCUGCAUUAGGUGAGUGGACAUGUACAGUAUGGUCAUCAGGAUUUGUGGUCGUGUGCAUGCAGUCUGCUCAUCAUGUUCCGAAUGGUGAGCUAGUCAUCUGAUGGUUUUUGAGCUUGUUUGGGCAUGCGAUGCACCCAUUGUCUGGCUUUGCAAGAUGGGGAGUAAUCUUGCUUUCUACAGCUGCAUUGCACAGAUAUAUCGAUAUGCGAGCAUUUUUGACACAUCAGCAAGCCCUCUAUGGGAAAAAUUUGGUUAGAAUUUGCGCUUCAGUAAUGUGGCUGGCACAUUUGUUUAUCAUGGUUAUUCUGCAUGUGUAAAAAUCGGUUUAG